GAUUUGUGUCAUUUAUCAAAAUGAAAGUACUGGCUACCUUGGCUAUCCUGAUGACGCUGGGUCCUCUGACCUCAGCUGUAUUCCAACAUAUAGCAAAUCAGUGCGCGAAGAGAGACGGAAUCACCCCAGAGUUCCUUGCGAACAACCCGCACAGUUCUCGAGUCAAGUGCUAUUACGCUUGCAUGUUGGAAAAGCUCGAUUUAGUUGCCAAUGGAGUGACCGGGAUAUACAACCUGUCCGUCCUAAAUAUAACACCGGAGAACUACGAUAAGUAUGGUAUCGUUGUACAGUCAUGCCUGACCAUUAUAGAACCCAGGAACAAUAAGUGUGAGCAAGGAUUCAGGGUAUUCGAAUGCCUUAAAAGGCACGUUGAUGGGUUGCCCUGAGCUAACUAAAUUGUUAUUGUAGAAUUGGAAAAUUAGGUCUCAACCCACUCGCAUAGUGAGUAAUGAGCAUUAUUAUUUUCUAUAUUCGUAUCAGCGUGUUAUAUAAAAAAUAAAGCUAUUUUAUUUUAUUAAAGUUUUUUGAUUCUUCUGUACUCGUAAGUAACAGAAGGCUCAAUUCCUGCACAUUA